AUACUGAAAAUUUUUGGUUAAAUCAUACUCCACCCCUAUUUUCUGAUGUAAUCUCAAUGCGACGUACGGAAGCGUGGAGGUCCAUGUGUUAAAAAGUGCAAGCAAGGUUGUCAGAGAGAGCGAGUAACAUCGACGGAGAAUAGUGGUGGUACAUUUUCCUGAGAAACCGCACAUCGCAGCUUUCUGUUCUGUGACACAAGAACCAAAAUGGCAAAGGAGUUCUUCAACGAAUUAAUUAAUAAUGAAAAAAACACAUGCAGGCAUUCAAGUAAAAAUAAGUCAUGUCGCUCCAGCUCCAGCGCAAAACAACCCAAUGCUUUGCAUGACAGCUAAGCAACCCACAACAGUCUACCAGUCGGGGGGGUCCUGCCAGCAGUAGACCUUGUGUGAACCCAAUGGGCUUGUGUUUGGUCCUGUGGAGAUUAGACUUUUUGUUGUUGUUUUAGCAUUCCCCUGUGGGUGGUGCUGUGGUCCGGCAGCUAUGGCACAGAUGUACUUCUCCACCCUGGACUAUGUGAUCUUUGCUCUGUUGCUUGUGCUCUCCUCGGGUAUAGGGCUGUUCUAUGCCUUUACUGGGGGGCGCCAGCGCACUACACAAGAGUUCCUAUUGGCUGACCGCAGUAUGAGCUGCCUGCCAGUGGCACUCUCGCUCCUCGCCACCUUCCAGUCAGCCGUGGCCAUCCUGGGUGUCCCUGCCGAGAUCUACACCUAUGGUACACAGUACUGGUUCCUAGGCAUCUCCUACAUCCUGGGGCUGCUCAUCCCUGCGCACAUCUUCAUACCCAUCUUCUACCGACUCAGGCUCACCAGCACAUACCAGUAUCUAGAGUUGCGGUUCAACAAAACUGCUCGAAUUUUAGGGACUAUUACCUUUAUAUUCCAGAUGGUGAUAUAUACGGGUGUAGUACUCUAUGCCCCUGCACUGGCUCUCAAUGCAGUUACUGGCUUGGAUCUUUGGGGUUCAGUGUUAGCAAUUGGCCUGGUCUGUACUGUGUAUACAGCACUGGGUGGUCUGAAAGCUGUAAUCUGGACGGAUGUGUUCCAGACAGUGGUCAUGUUUGCAGGACAGCUGGCAGUUAUAGUGGUGGGGGCAUUGCGAGUGGGUGGGAUGGGGCAGGUCUGGAGAAUAGCACAGGAAGGAGGCCGCAUCUCUGGAUUCGACUUCAAUCCAGAUCCUUUUGAGCGACACACUUUCUGGACCCUGUCCUUCGGAGGAAUCUUUGUGAUGUUGGCCCUGUAUGGAGUGAACCAGGCACAGGUGCAGAGAUAUCUGAGUGCACGCACUGAGAGAGAGGCCAUCAUAUCAUGUUACGUGGUGUUUCCCUGUCAGCAGAUUGUUCUGGCUCUGGGCUGUUUGAUGGGCCUGGUGAUGUAUGCAUAUUAUCAAGAGGACAAUCCGCUGGUCAACGGUUAUGUCAAAACCACAGACCAGAUGGUGCUGUACUUUGUGAUGGAUAUUUUGAAGGACCUGCCUGGACUUCCAGGGCUCUUUGUGGCCUGCUUGUUUAGUGGAGCUCUCAGUACUAUUUCCUCAGCGUUUAACUCCCUAGCAACGGUUACUAUGGAGGAUCUGAUCAAGCCAUACUUCACAGCUAUGACAGAGUCUAGAGCCACUCUGCUGUCCAAGGGGCUAGCUUUGGCUUAUGGAAUCAUCUGUUUGGCAAUGGCCUACAUCGCAUCUCAAAUGGGUUCAGUGCUGCAGGCAGCUUUAAGUAUCUUUGGGAUGGUUGGGGGGCCUCUGCUCGGUAUCUUCUGUCUUGGAAUCUUCUUCCCUUGGGCCAACUCGACUGGAGCCAUCACUGGCUUGCUAACAGGCCUGGUCAUGGCUUUUUGGAUUGGAAUCGGAAGCUUUGUAUCUCGUAGCUCCAUCCCUCUCCUUCCAGUAAAUGGCACUGCUUUCCCUGAUGUAGGAAACAUGACAACUGCUGCUAUGACUACACUUCUCACUUCGGCAACAACCAAAGCACGCACAACUGGGCUGAAGAGGUUUUACUCUUUGUCAUACAUGUGGUACAGCGCACACAACUCUGCCACUGUGGUCAUCGUGGGACUGAUUGUCAGCUUCAUCACAGGUCCAAUGAAACCAAAGGAUGUGAAUCCCCGCACCAUCUUCCCUGUGCUGCGCUCCCUGCUCUUCUUUCUGCCCGAGAGAUAUAGAGAUAAGCUGUGCUUUAGAGUCCCACUGGACAAGAGGGAUGAUGAGCGCUGUACCCAUCAGUACAUGAUGGCACAGAAGAACUGUAAUGGUGGUCCCAUGACUGGUGACAUGGAGAACAUUGCUCCUGCUCCUCUGGGAGAGGUAGACCCAGAGAGCUCGCCUCAGAUACAUCGCAACAUUCAUGUAGUUCAUGAGACGUCUCUGUGAGGCAUUUACAACUGGAGACACCCAGCGUUGCCCGCAGAGAAGCCCACAAAAAUGGCCCAGAGCUUCUCCGGAUAGACAGCCUGUGGAGUCAGUAGAGUCCCAACAUUUCUUUGGCCUCUCACUGUGGGGGGAAAAAAAAUAGCCAGGUGUCCUUCAACUCCAUGUUCUGCUGCAAUGUGUCUGUGUAUCACAGAAACUUAUGAAAUGGUUAAACCAAGACUGUUGGACAAAAAUAAAAGCAUAAAAGUUUACGCCAACCAAGUAUUGAUUAAAGUAAAAAAAAAAAAAAAAAAAAAAACACCAAAAACAUAUAUAUAUAUAUAUAUAUAUAUAUAUAUAUAUAUAUAUAUAUAUAUAUAUAUAUAUAUAUAUAUAUAUAUAUAUAUAUAUAUAAUCAAUUCCUUGUGAUAUAUACACAGUCUGCCAAUACUUAAGAGUGGUAUACUGUAGUCUCGUUCUUAGGGAAUGUGUUGGAAUCACUGUGCAACCACUUCUAAGGAUAAUUGUGGUUGGGUUUAAAUUUGAAUUGAUGUGUUAAGAGUUUAGAUGAUCUGAAACUCUAAACCCCUCCCUCCUGUCUUGAAAAGAAGAUCUCGUUUAGGAUAUAGUGUUAUUUAAAAAUAAUUGUUAUUAUAGAAAGACAUAUUUUGCUGAAAGAAAGUCAUAUAUGCUGUUAAGUGCACAGUAUGUUGAGGGAGGCGGUAAAGAUUUGUGUUUGUUUUUCAGUCUGAAAAUGUCAAUCUCUUGGUUUUUUUUUUGUUUUUUUUAUUACGGACUAUUUUAACGUGUUGGAGAUACUUGAGAUUUCCUUAUGCACUAAAACAUUAGAAAAAGACAUAGAUGAACACAGAAGAAGGUCUCCACUGGGAAAUGAGGUGAGCAGAAGGGUGCUCUGUCUAGUGACCAACUUCCCUUGGUUCCAUACUUGAAGGUGAAUCUCAACUGAAACAUGCAAUCCAAACUGAACAGAUCCCAGUCAUUUGUUCAAGUUAUUUAUUGUACAAUCAGUUAUUUCUUUAAACUCUCGAGAGUGCCUCCUACUAGACAAAGAAUAUUGUUGUGAUUUAAUAUUUUAAAGACGUGAUUAUGUUCUGCAAAAGUAGGACACAUUGGGGAUAGUUUUUCAAAGCGUUUUGCGUUCUUAAAUUAAGUACCUGAUUUGUAUAUGUGUAGUGUAGUUCCAUUUAAUUGGCUGUUUUUGCAAUUUGAAAAACAAAGUGUAAAGCUUUUCAACAGAACAUGCAAUAUCAGCAAUUCUGGGAUACUUGUGGUUGGGAUUACAUUGUAAUUGUUUUGUUAAACUAAAACUGAUUUUAGUGUUUAUAGCUAACAUAAUAUCCUAAGUCACACCUGUUGUGUACUUCACUUGUGUUAUACAGGAUUACCAAUGUUAAGUUUUUAAAGAAAUGCACAUAAUAGCAUGGAUUUUCAUUUUAAACUACAAUAAGUUAGAUGACUUUUUUUUGCACAAGCCUUGUUCUUCAGUCAUUUCACCUAGAGAGUGGAUUUGUCAUCCUCCCCUUUAAAGGCUUCUUUUCUGUCAUAAACCAUUCUAUUGACUGGCAUGCCUUGAGCCAUUAACAUGCAUUGACCCAGAAGACCCGGCCAUGGUGAAAUGACCUCAGAAGUGCAAGUGUACCCGAUUUCCUGGGAGUGAGGCAUAGAAAAUGAGAACUAACUUUUUAUCCUAGUGUAGUACCAGAUAUCGUAUCCUGUUUUAAAAUGAGAAUACAUGUUUACUAAAGCCUGUGUUUCUUUUAGAGCAGCAUGUUUAAGACCUAUUUAACUAAUGGAAGUGCAAAACAUUUAUGGAAAUAUUUUGUUUAAUACAAUUACUUCAAAUUGAAAAAAACAAAGUUUUGUUAUUUGUCUAACGAUAGCUGUCAUAAUUAAAAUGUAAUCCCGUGCCUCUAAUUAACCACUUCUAAAUAUUUUAUGCUGGAAUUUGUUGAUUUUAUGUGGCUCAGAACGUUCAUAAAUCCCAGGAAACUGUAAGGAACAAUUGCUUCUGUUGGUGAUUAGUGCAUUGUUGGUGGGUGACAUGAUUGUGUAUUUAGUUCAGAGAACUGGUAUCCAUAAAUCAACAAAUAAACAUGUUCACCUAUAAUAUGCAGAGAAACAAAAAAUCGAAGUAGAAUGUCUGUUUAGAAGGUCUUGAAUACAUUUCUACUUUGACUACAUUACAGACACCAGUCUGGCUGUUAUGGGCCUGUACCACUACGUCAAGUAAGUUGACCUUUUUAUGGUUAUCACUGCCUCAGAAGCCAUUGCAUCAGUGCAAAACUUAACAUAAAAGCAGUUUAACAACUUAAAGUAUUACCGAACAGGCUGUAGGGUUUAAAAUGCAACACUCUACUUUCCCUACCUUUCUGCUUUGUUGUACGUAUUCCUGCAAUAUCCUUUUCAGCAUAAUUGCAGUUGUUUUGGUAUUUUAUUAGCAUCCCUCAGUUUUCAUCAAUCAGUUUUGAGCAGUUAUUUUUGUUUCAAGUCAGUUAUGGAUCGGGUCUUCCUGUCAAAAUGUCUUCUGAAUUCGCAACAUCGGCAGUUCAGCUCAACCUGUUCAAUCAGAAACAUUUCAUUGGUUCCUGACUCUUCUCCCAAAGGUAGCAUUUUGAUAGGUCCAUCUGGCCUACUUGCUCGCUGUAGAUUUCACUGCCCAGUUUAUAGUGUUCUGUGCUACAAUGUCUUAUACACAUUUUGAGUACAAACAUAAAUGUUGAUUUGGUUGAAGGUAUGACCGCUGUACACCUUGCAUCUUUGAUAUAACUGGGUUGGGGUCUGUAAAUAGUAUGUUGACAAGCCCUCUACAAUGACAUGCAUAUUCAUGAACCUGUGCCGGAGCGAGCAAAUAGGUCAGAUGGACCAAUCAAAAUGCUAAACUUUGGGAGAGGUGUCAAGAACCAAUUAAAUGUUUCUUAUUGAACAGGUUGGAUUGAAGCUGCCAAUGUUGUGAUCCCCAAAGACAAUUUGACGGGAAGACUCGACUGCAUAACUGAUGUGAAACGAAAAUAUCUGCUUAAAACUGAUUUAUGACCAGGGAUACAGUAAUAUAAAUAUCAAAACAAUCAGGAUUAUGUUGAAAAAGAUAUUGCAGGAAUAUGUGAAACAAAGCAGGAAACUAGGGAAAGUAAUGUGUUUUAAACCCUACAGCCUGUUCAGUAAGACUUUAAUCUUUAUGAGCAACACCUGGAAUUGCUGUGUGUGUGUGUGUGUGUGUGCGUGUUUGUAAUUGCUUGUUUAGUGUUAAGUGACGGAUGAUUUGUUAAGCGAGUUAAAUAUGUGUGUUGUGUUUAGGUGUAACCAGAUAUCUUGACCUCAGCACCCUUAUAAAUAAAGCAAGAAAACACUCAUUUGCUGUUGAAGUGUUUUGAUAAAAUAUUUUUAGGUUCAUAUAGGGGGUAGUAUAUGUGGCAGAUCUUCCUAAUUAAUAGGGUACACAUGUGUAUGUAUGUGUGUUUCAAAUGAAGCACUCCUGCAAAGUGAACAUCAGUUUUCUAUUAAAUAUCUUUCAUAUACAUUAUCUGAUUGCUAUUUAGACCAUAGUUGUCUUUUUGUGUAUGUGUAUCAGUCCUCUGUUUUUACAGUAGGCGAGAUUGUAUGUACUUAUACUAUACUAUGUAGUGUGCACAUUUAUUAGAACACACCAUUGCUUCUGUUUUGAUUUGUUAUGCAUAUGAAAUCAAAUCACUGUAACUGAAAAACUUGGAAAAUCUGCAAGAUAGGCAAAUUAGUGAUUGUCUAAUGCAAUUGAUGACUUUUAGUAGACCACACAUGCAAUUAAUUAAAAAUAGUAAGAGAAAGGGAACACACAGCCACAAAUGAUAACAUGCAUGAGACUUUUUAGAAGUUGUUUUAAGGUGCUUAAUUAAUUAAAGCACAAUGUGGUGUAAGAUUUUCACACAUGGGUGCCUAAUGUUUCUACAUCACCGGUUUACUGACCAGUAGGUAUAUAAAGGAUAUAAAUGACAAAGCUUGAGGUGUUCUUAUAAAUUUGCACACUACUUUGUGCUACUGUGCCUAUUCUUUCAGUUGUGUGUGUGUGUGUGUGUGUGUGUGUGUGUGUGUGUGUGUGUUUACUCCUGUGUUGUAUACUGGUUUCUGUGAAUCUAGUAUUAUUGAUGAAGUCAGUGUAUUUGCAGUGCUAUUGACAUUUAGACAUCCAACAAACUGUCCAAUCGGUUGGUUUUUUUUCCCUCCAAAAUGCUGUUUUUUCCAGUAAUGGUAACCGGGCAAAGUUCCUGCCUGAUUUGAGAUGACAAGCUAGAAAUUCAGCAUUCUUUCUCACUGCCUAUCUGAAAAAAAUAAAUAUUAAACUACAGUACCCCUCAAACCUGUACUAACAUGUUCUGCUUCUUCAAUACUAGUUAAUAUAUGGCAAUUUCUAGAAAUAAAAGCAAUUCAUCGUUAUUUUUCGCACUGACAAUUCCUUCAAAAAAAGAAACUUAAAAUACAAGGCUUCUGUUUAAGAAUGUUUGAUCUUGCAGAUAUCUGUGUUUAAGUCUUUUGACGUGAGAGAUUAUAGCUUUGAGGGUUUGAUUUGAUCAGAUUCAUCUUGUGCUACACACCUGACUGCCAGCUCCUCCAAUCUUGUGGGGGAUAAAAGAUUGAUUGGGAUUCUGCUGUUCAAUUAAAUGGUGUAUUGUUUGCUGUAUUUAUCAAAUCCAAAAUGUACAAUUGCCAAAAUAGAGUUUUUGAUUUUGCCGCCUUUAAUUACUGCCAAACAUUAGCAGGGCUUCCAGAUCAUUUUUAGGUUUCUAUAUAAUUCAAUAAAUCCAUGGUAACGCUUUUUUUAAUGCACUGAGGUAAAUUAUAGAACACAAGAGAUGUUCAUGAUCUGGGAGACCUGCUAUAGCCUGAAAGAGCCUUUGGCUGGGUGAAGUCCUCCUGGAAAUAUCUACAUGAUGUCACAAGGGCUAGGUAUUUCCAGUCACUAAAUUCUGAAGUAUCCUGUAUUUCCAAGGCAAGUCUGAAACACAUAAUCUCUAGAUUAAGUCAUAACCAUGUACCAGUUUUAUAGAGCUUGCCUACCUUGCUACCUUUCCAUAAAACUAAUCUUUUGGACACACAUCCCCUACAUCAUCACUGCCUAACCCUAAGCCCAGCCGUGGCUCUGCAUAGGUAACCUCAGGGUUAACUUCUCUGCAUAUCAUACAAUCUGCUGCUGUUUUAUGUCCAGCAGCCAAACAAAAUGACUAGUUCAGUAUAUUCCAACACUUUUUUACUCUAUACAGAACUGCUGUGCAGCUGUGAAGUAACACAUUAUUUAUGGUAUGGAGAAUUAAUUUGUAAUAAACAAUACAGCUAUUAAGCGAGUGAAAGAAGUAACACAUCAAUAUGUUAAACUUGUUGGUCAUGUCUAUUUUUCAUGGCCAGUAUAGCUGAUAUCAUGUAAGGACAACUUCAUGUGCUUUAAAAUAAAUCAGAAUUCAACAAUGAUACCCAGUGUUGAGAAACGUAUUUUCCUAAGUCGACACUAACACAAAGUUAGAAAAGUUGAUGUAAAUGGUCUAUCUAGAAUCUAAAAUUUAGAGGAAAUCCUAGUUAUCCAGUAUGGGUUAGUGUUGGUACCCACUCCCCUUUUUCCAGGAACGAUGCUCCUUCAUAUGCCUUUUUUUGUCAGUGUAGCAUUGAAUUGGCUUGUGUAGUGAUGCUCCUUACUUUGAUUGGUACCAGAGAUCAUUCCAUGAUUUGUAAUUUAAUCAGAAUGUAAAUUAAAAGAAUAUUGAUUGUU